GUAUAUCAUAAUUUUAUUUUAAUGAAAGUUAUUAUGAAUUUUGCUGGAAAUAGUUUUUGAUUUUAUUUAAUACAAAAAAUCUGAAACAUAUUUUAUCGAAUUUGAUAGUCAAGUGGGAUGUGCAUCUAUCUGUUAUUAAUUUCGCGGCAAAAUGCAUACGUGGCGCUGUGGUAGCAACAUGCCACUGUGAAGUGGCAAGGAAAAGACAAGUCGUAUGUCGUUUCUAAUUGGUUCGGAUUGUAAUUUAAUAAAAUGAGGUGGUUCAUUCCGUGUUUAUUUCUAAUUUUUUCAAGCUCCAGUGUAAACUGUUAUUUCAUUACUGUAGACGCGCAUGCCGAAGAAUGUUUCUUUGACAAUGUGGAAGCAGGCACGAAAAUGGGUCUUACAUUUGAAAUAGCAGAAGGUGGAUUUCUAGAUAUAGAUGUAAAAAUAAUUGGCCCUGAUGGAAAAAUAAUUUAUCAAGGUGAUCAAGAAAGCAGUGGUAAAUAUACAUUUGCUGCACAUCUUCCUGGUAUUUAUACUUAUUGUUUUGGGAAUCAAAAAAGUAGUAUGACACCAAAAGUAGUGAUGUUUAAUAUGGAUAUUGGUGAAAAUACGAAGCCCAUAGAACAAACUUCAGAUGGAAAAAAUUCUGAUCCAAAUCAUAAUAAAAUAGAUGAUAUGAUUAAAGAAUUAAGUACAAGUUUAUGGAGUGUGAAAAAUGAGCAAGAGUACAUGCAGGUUAGAGAUAGAAAUCAUAGAGCUAUCAGUGAAAGCACAAAUUCUCGUGUAGUUAUGUGGGCAUUUUUUGAAGCUAUGGUUUUGGUUUGUAUGACAAUAGGACAAAUUUUCUAUCUAAAACGAUUCUUUGAAGUUAGAAGAGUUGUCUAAUUCAAUAUAUAUAAUAAAAUACACUCAUUGUACAUUUUUUUACAUGAUUAAGUUAUAAUAGAAUUAAAAAAUUUAAAUAUUUUGAAGUUAUUUUUUUUCCUUUAAUUUGACAUACUGGUAUACAAUACAACAUUGAAAACUUAUAAUAUUGUUAAAAGCAAAGUAUGAUUUCUUAUGAUACAAUUAUUUUAACAAUAUUAAAUAAAAUGUUUUUUGUACCACUAAUAGUUUAGUAGUACAAAAAGAAAAAAAUAAUUUAGUUUAUAUAACUUAUAUAUACAUAUAUCUUAUAUAAGAUCAAAUUAUUCUUAUAUUAAUAAUCAAUUUGCAGAGUUAUUAUUUUUAUUGAACAAAUAUGUACAGAAGUUUGUACUGAUGUAUUAUAUAAUUUUCAUAUACGAAUUUAAAUUCUAUAACUUGUCUAUUAAUUAUGUAAGCAAACAUUAAAAUAAUUUAACAAAACUAGAAAAUAAAAUAAUACCAUUUAUACAAUUGUACAGAGUUAUAUGAUUUAAUAAAAAGAUACCAAUUAAUUAUCUGAUACUUCUAUUAGAUAUAUUUCAGUAGUAAAUUUUAUGUAAAUUUUAUUUAUUAUUUUCUAUUCUGUAGAUAGUUUUAGUGAUCUUGAUGUAAGUUAGAUUGAAAAGAAAUCAACAUUAUUUAGAAAAACAUUCACAUAUUGAUAUAAUUAAAAACAUUUCAACAUCAACAAAUAUAUAUGAAAAAUAGUCUAGAUUUAUAUGUUAGUUUAAAAAUCAUGGUUUAUAUGUUAGUUUAAAAAUCAAUUAAUUUAUUAUUACUACUAUAUUCGUUAUAUUACUAUAUUAUUUAUUAUUAUAUUUGUAAUCAUAAAUAACAUACAUAUAUUAAAAUUAUUAAUUAAUUGUAGAUAUAA